UCUUCCUUAAGGCAGCUUCUCAUCUUCCGCUCAACUUUUCUUAAAACCUUUUUCAAAGUUUCCGAAAUAAUAUUUCCAAAAAGCAAUCUCGUUUCAAGAGUCAAACCAACCAAGAAAAUUUGCAGAAAGCAUGGCAAUGUCUAGUAGAAAGUUGGGGAACGAAUAUUCUGAGGAAUUUCAACGCGAACUUUCAUGGAUUUGGAAAAUGUUGGAGAAUAGAAAUGUGACGGAAAUCUCAGCCAAAGAGGACAUCCCACUCGACUUGUCACCCGUGAAGAACUCAUCGGAGAAUUCUUCAAAUGGAUCGCCAUCUCCACCCGCAGCAGAAUCCUCGUCAUCGUUCCAACCUAUUUUUUUCACUGGUUCAACCCCAUUUCCGGCAGUAGCUCCUUCUUCUCCUCAGAAAUUCAACCCCAUCGUCGGCACAGCGGUCAAAUUUUCGCCAUCGCCAGCUCCGCGGUCAUCUGGGUUCCGCCCACUGCCAAUAAACAUUCUGCCAGACACGAGCAAUUUAUGGGAAACGGAAAAAUCCAAUUUGCUGAGCAAUUAUGUUGGACGCGUGGACAGACCGGUCCCCAUUUACACUCACCCGGCCGUCGUUGGAGAGCGGACGUUUGAGAAAAUCGUCCCCCAGACCAAUUACGUCCUCCAAAAGGCAGAUGGUCGCCCAAACAUUGCCAAGGAAGAGGUUUAUUUCUAUUUACUCCCGGACAAAUCUCAAUCAGUGAGCGCAGAUGAAUCGGUAAGAUUACAAUUAUUUAACUAA